UGCCCUCACCCCGGCAUCCCUCGCCCCCCUGCCAAGCCACGGCUCCCCGCUCCCGGCUGCUAAAUAAUUCAGGGGUGAGGCAGAGACAGCGACGAGACGCUGCCAACUGCAUCUAAAAAUACCGGCUGGCGGGAGGAGAGCAGACACCGGCUGGCCAGGGUGGGCCAGCCCCACAGUGGCAGGGAGGGCAGGGCACAAGUGCAAUGAAUGCACCGGGCUCAGCCUGCCAGGGCCACGGCUCCUAGGCACAGCUAGAGGCACAUGGGGACACUGUGGGGUUGGUGCCACUAGGCUGGGGCCCUGCCUUGCGGGUGGCAUCUCUCCCAGUCCCCCCAGACCGCCCCAUGGGUGGUGGAGCUGGACGGUGCUGGGGAUGGGGGGGAGCGACUUGUGGCGGUAUCCGUACUGGGACACUUGGUUAGUGCCUGCCCGCAGUCAGCACCAUGGGCCUGAUCCUGCCCAACCCCUUGUGCUUGAGGGUCUCCUGGUGACUGUGGCAUGUCCCCCCUCACCAGCUCAGUAUCCCCGUCCCCAGCACAGGGCAAGGGAGGAGGAAGGUGCAUGGCUGCUGGGCCCUGCGGGGUUAGCCAAGGCCAUGGGAGCCUCCCCCCUCCGUCACCCACAGCCCGCAUGCACCCUGCUCCCUCCUCCCUCCUCCUCCGCCCCCCCUCUGUGUCUGCCUCUCCCUCACUUGCCACCCAGCACCCCACUGCCAGCACGCAGCACCCCGCACCAUGAGCCUGCGGCUGCAGCUGAAGCCGGUAAGUGCAGGGGGAAGGGGGAGAGGGAAGGGGCACCCAGUGGGAUGGCCACGGGUGGCACCCGGCACUGCUACCCACAGAGACUCCCAGGGCCACCCAGGCCACCCAAGGGUGCCACCUGCAGCCCUCCCCGUCCCCGAGGGGCAGUAAGGGACAAGGCUGCAGCUGCUCUCUGGCUCUGCAUUGGUUUGGAUGCUCUUUUUGGGGUUGUUUCUUCUCCCUUUUCUGCUUCAAAUUUUUGGGGUUGUGACUUUUCAUUAAUUUCUGCUUGGAAAACAACGAGUCUUGACCUGCUCUUGCUUCUGCCACAAAAGCCAGGUGCCAGGAGCAGGGACAAGGGGCAAGGCAGGCGUCCCAGUGUGGGGAGCAGCGUCUGGGGGUCUGAGUUCAAGGCUGGCCCCACGGAGCUGCCUCUGGCCACACAGGACGAGGGAAUUCAGCUGCUGAAGGAGGGAGCGUUGCUGCUUUUCCCAGACACAAGGUGUUAGGACCCUUCUCGGGUCUGCUGGGCACAGCUUAGCUCUGGGACCAAGCAUUUUCCCAGCAUUGCCUUGUCCCCUUCCCUGCCACCCCUGCUGGUCCCCAAGCCUGGCCAGUGCCUCAUUCCCCUCCACAACGAUUGCGUUUGGGUCACUUUUUCCAAACCCUCCCCUCUCCAUCUGCCAGCGACGUCGGCGGCUCCCGCUGCCCCAUUGGCGCUCUCGUCCCUGGGGGGGCCCCAGCAUCGAUCGGGUUUGAUUAAUUCACGCUGGGCUCCCAAAUGCCCUUCGCAGCUGCAUGUCUCCCACCCUCCCAGCCAACUGCAUGCAUGCCUGCGUGGGUGAUGCCGCAGCCCCUGUGCUGUGCCCACCGUGCCGGUCACUGCCUGGGCGUGCGGGGUUGGGGGUCCCCAUGGUGGACACCCGGACUUCAAGGGUCAGCUGCCGCCUGGGGCGCCGGGCAAGCUGCAGGCAGGUGCUGUCCCUGGGUGCUGACGUCCUUCCCGAGUACAAGCUGCAGGCUCCACGCAUCCACCGAUGGACCAUUCUGCACUACAGUCCCUUCAAGGCCGUGUGGGACUGGCUCAUCCUUCUGCUGGUCAUCUACACAGCCGUCUUCACCCCCUACUCAGCCGCCUUCCUGCUCAAUGAGGAGCAGGUGGAGGAGAAGCACUGGGACUGCAGCUACUCCUGUGACCCACUCAACAUCAUUGACCUCAUCGUUGACAUCAUGUUCAUCGUGGACAUUGUCAUCAACUUCCGUACCACCUACGUCAAUGUCAAUGACGAGGUGGUGAGCCACCCUGGCAAGAUUGCCAUCCACUACUUCAAGGGAUGGUUCCUCAUCGACAUGGUUGCCGCCAUCCCCUUUGACCUGCUCAUCUUCCGCUCUGGCUCUGAUGAGACCACCACACUCAUUGGCCUCCUGAAGACCGCCCGGCUGCUGCGCCUGGUCCGGGUGGCCCGCAAGCUGGACCGCUACUCCGAGUAUGGAGCAGCCGUGCUCUUCCUGCUCAUGUGCACCUUCGCCCUCAUCGCCCACUGGCUGGCCUGCAUCUGGUACGCCAUCGGCAACGUGGAGCGGCCCUACAUGGAGCACAAGAUCGGCUGGCUGGACAACCUGGGCGACCAGAUUGGCAAGCGCUACAACGACAGCGACCUCUCCUCUGGCCCGUCCAUCAAGGAUAAAUACGUCACUGCCCUCUACUUCACCUUCAGCAGCCUCACCAGCGUGGGGUUUGGCAACGUCUCACCCAACACCAACUCCGAGAAGAUCUUCUCCAUCUGUGUGAUGCUCAUUGGCUCUCUGAUGUACGCCAGCAUUUUUGGCAACGUCUCUGCUAUCAUCCAGCGGCUGUACUCGGGCACGGCCCGCUACCACACGCAGAUGCUGCGAGUCAAGGAGUUCAUCCGCUUCCACCAGAUCCCCAACCCCCUGCGUCAGCGCCUGGAGGAGUAUUUCCAGCACGCCUGGUCCUACACCAACGGCAUCGACAUGAAUGCGGUGCUGAAGGGCUUCCCUGACUGCCUGCAGGCAGACAUCUGCCUCCACCUCAACCGCACGCUGCUCCAGAACUGCAAGGCUUUCCGCGGAGCCAGCAAAGGCUGCCUGCGCGCCCUGGCCAUGAAGUUCAAGACAACUCAUGCACCGCCUGGAGACACCCUGGUGCACUACGGAGAUGUCCUCACCACACUCUACUUCAUCUCCCGGGGCUCCAUCGAGAUCCUCCGGGAAGACAUUGUGGUGGCCAUCUUAGGGAAAAACGACAUCUUUGGGGAGCCCAUCAGCCUCUACGCCCGCCCAGGGAAGUCCAACGCUGACGUGAGGGCCCUGACCUACUGUGACUUGCACAAGAUCCAGCGGGAGGACCUGCUGGAAGUCUUGGACAUGUACCCAGCCUUCUCUGACAACUUCUGGAGCAACUUAGAGAUCACCUUCAACCUGCGAGAUGCAGACAGCGUUCCCCGCUCACCACUCAGCGAGGAGUAUGACUGCACCUACCGGCGGGCGCGUCGACGCAAGCACUCCCUUUGCCAGCCCAACAAGCCUGACCCAGACACGGGCAUCUCUGAUGCAGAGCAGUAUCACACCUACUCAGAGCUCACCAACCCACAGGACCCGCUGAGUAAGGACCACUGGGACGACCUGGGCAGCAGCACCACCCAGACCAGUGAUGACGAUGCCAAGACUGGCAGCCCUACUAAAGCUGAGCCCUUCCUCACAUCCAAAAAGGAUGACUUUGCUCUGCCCACGCUCAGCCUCGUCACCACCAGCGCUGGCAGCACAGAGGUUGGCAAGCCCGCGGCAGAGAGCAGCCAGUCCUACGCAGCCACCCCCCUGGACAUCCCCAACAUGUUCACCUUCUGGGAGGACCGAAGGCCAAACCACCACCAGGAGCCUUUGCAACACAUCUCCUUGUUACACAACUCGCGGGACAUCCCCCUGCACAGCGACUACAGACCAGGGCAGAUCGAGUCCAGGCUGGAGCUCCUGCAGGCCCAGCUCAGCAGGCUGGAGUCCAGGAUGUCGUCAGACAUUAAUAUAAUCCUCCAGCUCCUGCAGCGCCAGCUGUCCCAAGUGCCGCCUGCAUACAGCCCCAUCUCGCCGUCCUCCCACAACCUGGCCAUGUACGGCAUCCUCCCACGGAGCCUGGAGCCGCUCACCCCCUGCGCACCCCUGGAGGAUGAGGAGCCGACCACCCCGGAGCAGAGCCCGAGCUACACGGAGGUAGAAAAGUUCCACUUGAAAUCCAGGGACUCCUUGUCAAGCGGGAUGCACCCUGCUGUGGCAUCUGAUGAAACCAUGACAGUCUACUCCGAGCAGGAGCAUCAUUCCCCACCUCCUCCAAACCCAGAGCCUCUCCACCAAAGGGUACCAAAUACCCAAGGACUCUUGCGGGGCUCUCGUUUCCCUUCCCUCCCUGAGCACUUGGAGGCAUCUUCUGAGCACCAGGACAUUCAGAGACACCUCUCCGACCCAGUGCUUCCUGGAAGUUAGAGAUGUGGGGGCUGCCAAGCACGUCAAGAGGAACCUCAGCUGUGAGCUCAGUCAGUUGAUGUUGAUUUUGACUGCAAGGGUAAGACGGAGGACAAUGCCACUGGCUCAGGGUAUAAUUUAUAGCUGUCUUCUACCACCGUGAAAGGAAGCGUAGAGUGGCUGGCUUCCAAGGUCAACGUUUUCCAGCGGUUCCCAUAGAGUAGAUUUCAUUUGCACAUUAUAGUGAACCCAGAGCAGCUCUUUCUUACAGCCACCAACAAGCUGGCUAGGCCAAAUGGCACCCACCACCUCUUCCUUGCCAAGGCUUCCUCUCAAGAACGGCACAAGCCAAGUGAGCCUCAGCGACCGGAGGAGAGCAAAUCCAUGGCUCGUAGCUGCACAGCCACUUUGCUGCCAGCUCUUUGGAGCAGGGACCAUUACUUUGGUACUGGGCUUAGCCCAGCGGAGCCUGUGAGCAUUACAGAAAGGGUAGUCACCAGAGGAGGAGGAGAUCUCCACAGUGUGGUACUGGGGGGAGCUGCAGGUGGGAAGCCCAGGACAAGGACAGAAGCUAUCCUUGUCCUACUUGACUGCCACUGGGAAACUAAGGGCCAACAGCCCCUGCCAAUUCAGCACGCUUCAGCACGAGUCCUAGGGCACCAACUUCUCCAGCAAGGCUGAUCGCGCCUUGCAAACCCCAACACACAUCCCACAGCUCCCCAGAUAAACCCACUGGUCACUGGCCUGGGCAUAAAGCACAAAACUCAAAAGCACAAUCCCGUAAAGCCCCAGCCUUUCCUCCCAGCUUUUCUCUUUUGAUAAAGGUUUGAUAGAUGCUUCCUCCUCCCCAGCCCUUCCCCCAGCAGACUCCUCCAGCAUCCCCCAUAGGAGAAGCCCACUUAGCACUGCCGCCUUGCCGUUCGGUUAGAUGCUGUGACAGUCCUAGGCCGCCUGCUCAAGUAUUGUAUCAAGCUCCCUUUGAGAGUAGUAAAACUGUGAGCAUCUCUUUCUCUGGAGUUUUAGUGUACACUUUGCUAAUAAAUAUGUUUUUGGCACCUAAUGUGGAUUACAGCUGCGUUUGUUGGGAGCACCUGUGAAUUCAUCCCUGGCAGCACAAAAGACAGGUGCCAGUCUGCAAAGAACCCUGAAAAGCCUGUGGUCAGAGCAUAGCUGCUUCACGCAGGGAGUGUGGGGCUGACAGAGCCCCUGUGCAGGUCUUACAGCUCAAGGCGGGGGUCCAGGGGGGACUUUGCUGAGAAACGUCUUCCCAGUGGGAUGCAGUUCAGGCUCCGCAGCAACGUGCAGGAGCUCAGGCUACAAGGCCAGCCUGCCGCUGUUCCCCCGCCCAUCAGUCAUCUCGCAGACGCACUGCAGGCAGAGGUUACACAGAGAGCUCCAAAUGAGCACGGUGAUACCCAAAGGCCAUCCUCAUCCCUCGCUGAAGGGGCCGCGGCUCCUGCACGAGGGCCAGCCCCCGACCGCUUGUAACGCACCCGCAGGGCCCCCAGAGCAGGGACAGGCCUCUGGCCUCAGCAGGGCCCAGCCGGCCUCUCCCCACCCGCUCUCGCUCCGUGGGGCUGCGGAGGGGCACAGACGCCCGGCAGGCCCUGCCCAGGCCCCAGGCAGGCCCAGGCCCCCAGAGGGGCUGUUUCUACCCCCCAGCCUGCAGAGGUUUCGGCCGGCAGAGGCCGGGAUGCCGCGCCCCGCCCAUACGGUGCCUCGGCCUGCAGAGCCGGGAGGCCCCGAGGUCCCCCCAGGACGUGCCCGCCCAGCCAGAGGGAGCCCGACUGCCCGCAGGGCUACAAGCCAGAUGCC